UCAACAAACUUAAGACAGUCAAUCAGUCAGUGAUCAUGCACCUAGCAACUGGUGCCUACGGAUGAAUUUGUCGAGUUGCAACAAGUACAAUUUCAGUGAAGCACUCAACAUUCAUAAAAUAAAAUGCGUCGUCUUACGUGGAACACCGAAACGGACCUCAACAAUACUCCGUUUUUCUUUAUGUUUACUCAAUGGAGCGCCAGCUAGAAGAAAAGGUCGCAUUCUUUGAACGCCUUGAAGCAUAUACGAAUGAUGACGACGGGGAGGAUGAUAUUUUGGGCGCAGACGAGGAGGCAUACAGGCAGAAGACCAAUGCCUUUUUCUAUUCUGUUGCGCCAGCCACUUCCAAGAAUGUUUCUCCAACUGCACCAAGGGGAGUCGAUGCUCCUAUGGAAUUGGCGUCAGACCCUAUUCAUAGUAAUAGCGACCCCGAGGUGGAAAUCAUUGCUGUGACUCCCCGGCGCAAUAAGCCAAGAACCGGCGGCCCAAGCUUACAGGCGAGCACUUCCGUCAGUGACAAGACAGUGCCUGAGACUGCAGCUGCAGCUACCAGACAGCCACUACGUCGUACAACACGUUCUACGCGCUCAAGUCUACCCACUAUACAUUCUAGUCCUAAAAGUGAUCCUUCACCCUCUGUUAGGAUGGGAAAACGUAAGAAGGAAGCACCCCUGAAACUAGCCCCUGAGGCACGCCGGAUUUUCAAAGAGCUCUCAUUUUUUUACAUCCCCAAUGACGAUAUCAACCCGGCGCGCAGAUUACAGAUCAGGAAAGCCCGGGAACACGGUGCCACGUGGUGCAGGAAGCUGGACGAGGCGACGCAUAUAAUCGUCGAUAAAAAGCUUACCUAUACGGAUAUAGAGCGCCAGCUACAAGAUGACCCUAGGUGGCCAGAGAAGGUGCUUGUCAAUGAAAAUUACCCCAUUGACUGCCUUAAGCACCGCAUAAUCGCAAAUCCUAACCAGAGUCAAUAUAAGAUUUCCGGGACCCCAACGCCUGCUGAGAAACCAGUAGACGAAAUAGAACUAUCGUAUUUGGGCAAUGAUGAUGCCUCGCUCGAGUUAAAACCAAGCCGCAGGAAGUCGGCGAGGCGAACCCGUUCGCCUAUAUUAAGCACCCAGUCGCGUAGUCAGAGCUCUUCGCAGAGAAGUACCGCCCUGGUCUCAUCUUCCCAGAGGCAACAAAAUAAAAGCGUCACGGAUAAUGCCCAAUCGUCUCAAGCACAAAAUGGGGUGUCAUCUUCAAAGCAAGCAAUUGAGACUAGUGUGGAUGAUGAACUUACACAGUGUAUAUCUGAGAUGAAAGCUACGGAUAAUAGUGACCUAUUUAGUAGUUCAUUAAUGUACGACGAUGACCCUACUGGGCCGUCAUUAACAGAUGAAGCCGAGGUUCCCUCAGACUCUAGCAGCUCGGAUGAUAGGAGACCGUGGAAAAGGAGAACUAGGAGCAGUACUAGCCAUUCUAAGGACAUAAAUCCUGCCUGGCAAGAAAAGUUCAUCUGCAUGAAGGGCGGAACCAAGGAUCAUACGGACAACAAUCCCAACGCGGAGACGAUCAAGGUUCUUCAGGGGAUGCUGGAUCAGCAUACACUUACCGGUGACAGUUUCCGUAUUCGAGCUUAUAGAUUAGCUAUAACAACCCUACGAACGCAAUCAAAGAAGAUAUGUACUGCUGAAGAAGCACGCGCCCUGCCUAAUAUUGGUCGGAUUGCAGACAAGAUCGAGGAGAUUGUCACUACGAACCGACUAAGGCAGCUUGAGCAUGCGCUUGAUGACCCUCAAAGGAAGAUCAUAGGCUUGUUUCUACAGAUAUAUGGCGUAGGCCAAAUUCAGGCUCACAAAUGGGUUGCCCAAGGCUUUCGGACGCUGGACGACCUAAAGAGAAAAGCCGAUCUGAAUACCAACCAGAAAAUCGGGUUAGAACAUUUUGACGAUUUGAAUACCCGGAUUCCACGACGGGAGGUGAAGGCUUUGGCAGAUUGUGUUAAGGAUACGGCCGCAGCUAUUGACCGCAAUGUAGAGUUGAUUAUCGGAGGCAGCUAUCGACGGGGAGCUGAUAGUUCCGGCGAUAUCGACUUGAUCGUGACCAAAAAGGGGACAUCUUCUACAAGCCAAUUGGCUCCGUUUCUGGACCAGCUAGUCGAUACAUUGACUCGUGAAGGCUUUUUGACUGUCGCGCUUGCUGCUCACCAUGGUAACGCCGACGAUACCAACGGUGGCAGUAAAUGGCACGGUUGCUGCGUGCUGCCGGAGAGCGCAUUUCCUGGCCCUAAAAGUGAAUAUCGCCCUAUAUGGAGACGUAUAGACAUUCUACUCGUGCCCCAGACCGAGCUCGGCGCAGCGCUUAUCUACUUCACCGGAAACGACAUAUUCAAUAGGUCAAUACGGUUAUUAGCACAGAAGAAGGGCAUGCGGCUAAACCAGAGAGGGUUGUUUGGGAAUGUCCUACGAGGCCAGGGGAAUAUUAAGACCAACGAAGGAACACUGCUUGAGGGGCGAGACGAGAAGAGGAUCUUUGAGAUCCUUGGCGUCCGCUGGAGAGAACCGCACGAGAGGUGGUGUGGUUAGUUGGGUUCGUGAUGAAUUGCACUGGCACUUUUAUGAGUGAAGUGCUGAUAAUGGUAAUAUGUUUUGUCUAUAUUAUAAUACCCAGGUGUUUCUUGCAUCGCGGCCUGGUAAUUCUAGUACCUAAGCUGCCUAGUCUCGUACUUCUCGGUGAAUAGUCACCAUUCAUAUACUCAUAUACGUUCGCACAUAUCACGAUACGCGGCUCUGCCUUGGAAAGUAAGCUUGGACUGUAAUUAGGUACAUAGUCAGUCCCAUUACGCACGGCCGAGUUGAAGCUCAGCGGGGAUCAGAGAAGCUGCAUGAGAGCAAUAAAGUCCCGGCCAAUAGGAAGGGCGCCAUUAC